UUCUGCCGCUAUCUUGCAACAUACUGGAAACAAGUCACAGCUCACUGUCAAACCCCAUAUAUUGAAGUGGUGCACACCAGCUGAUACCAUCCUUUUUCCCGAGCGGCGGCAGAGACUUCGCCAUCGCCCCCUGCCGGACUCGCAUCUCCCUAUUGCCACUAGCACGCCUGGAGUGGCGCAUACGUCGCGUUCGGCCACUCAAACCAGUUCCCUGCCGCGAGAAUCGGCUUAGCACAAGGAGAAGAACCCCGAAGUCGGCCACAGGAGAUCUCUAACACCGAGAGAAGCGCAGACAGACUAGGCACCAUGGCGGACGGGCAGGACGUGCAAACGCUUAAGAUGAAAGUGGCGAGGAAACAUGACAACGAAUUAGAUCGCCGACGCUCGUCCACUUUGCGGUUGGAGCCGCCUCAAUCCGACUCGCGCAAGGCCACGUCCUUCGUGCGCGCGCGCACCUCGGGCGUGAACCGCCUUCUCCGCUCCAACCCGAGCAGCGUGGGCAGCUAUUCCACGGCCCUGAACGGCCACAGCAGCAACGGCAGCCGGAGCAGCACCAGGAGCCGUGGCAAAAGCAAAAGCGCGCCGAGCAGCAAAUCGAAAAGCAAAAGCGAAAACUUCGAGACGGCACACUCAGAGCCGGUGGAUGAAAACGCCGUGCAACCACCUCCGUCACCCACCAAAUCAAUCUCGUCGUCCACUUCGUCCCCUCCUGUGAGUGCAGAAGUGGAUGAGGACGGAUUCCCUCCGUACAUGGAACAAAAGUGGACGCACGUGGUGCUGAAAAUGACGGCUUUUUCCGAAGAGGACGCGGUCACAAGUUUCCGCUUCGACACGAAUGGCGGCGGCAUUGGCCGGAGUGCUGACAAUGCAGCAAGUAUCCCUGCAGACAAGCUUCUUGCCGCCAAAGACCACGCCCGCGUGUUGUACAGUGGCGGACGCUUUUACCUGGCCAAUGGGGACAACGCCAGCGACACGUUCGUCCGCUUGAGCCCCGUUGGCAAUGGGGACGAAGACGACACUGAGGACCGAAUGCAAUGGCCUUUAGAGCCCCAUGUUUCAUUCCGUGUGGGCAAAUCGGAUUUCAUGGUCACAGUGUUCCACGAGCCGUCGCAGACACUGGAAGUGUCGGCGCUUAGUGGCAAAUUGGCCGGCACGCAGUUUACUAUUGGCCGCGAAGGCGCCGGCAUUGGCCGCUCGGCGGACAACAAGAUCCACACUGGGGACGGCGAGCUGUCGCGUAAACACGCGGCAAUUUGGUUCGAUGAACUGACGAACCAGUUUUACCUGGUGGACCUCAACUCGACCAAUGGCACGUUCAUGAAGCUCGUAGGCAGCUACCAGGAGCCGUAUCGCCUGGAAAUUGGCGACGAUCUACUUGUGGCACAGACGUGCUUGACGGUUAACCGUUUCGACUUUGGCGCUCAUGCUGAUAUGGGCGCGCGGAAACACAUGGAGGACGCCCACACGAUCAUCCAGGACCUUUGCAUCGAGUCUCUGAGUCGCUUGGGGCUGCACCCGCAAUCGUAUUUUGCUGUCUACGAUGGCCACGGCGGCGAGGAAGCGUCGUCGUUUCUGGGCGACGUGUUGCACCACAACAUUAUCGAGUCGUUUUUUAUGAAAAAAACCGAACUCAAGCCACUACUCAACAAGUCGGCCGAGGAGCUGCAGUCUAUGAUCACUAAGCGACUCACGGAGGCCUUUGAGCGCACGGACGAGGAGUUUUUGAACGAAUCCGAAAGACCGCAAGCCGGCAGUACUGCCACGACGGUAUUUGUGGCUGGCAAGCACAUGUUCGUGUCCAAUGUGGGUGAUUCACGUACUGUUUUAAGUCGCAAUGGCAAGGCCGAGCGGCUCUCGAAUGACCACAAACCCAGUCGCUCGGACGAAGCGCAACGUAUUCGUGACACGGGCGGCUUUGUGAUCCACGGCCGCAUUAUGGGCGAGCUGGCCGUGUCUCGGGCCUUUGGUGACGCGCCGUUUAAAACUUUUGACCUUCCCGAACCACCACUUGAAAAUGUCGACUCGAAGCCUCGCAGUGAUUACGACUCGCAGGAGUUGCCGGUGAACCCGAAUGAUAUUCUCAAAGGGCCCUUGGUGAUCCCUACGCCGGAAAUUACGAUUACGGAGCUGACGGACGACUGCGAGUUCGUCAUGCUGGCAAGUGACGGACUGUACGAUGUGCUCAAAGACCAAGAAGCGGUUGACUUUAUGCGGCAGAAGAUCGUACAGCUUGGAGAUGUCCAACGUGCUGUGGAGGUAAGUAAUUUAUUUUGUCCAGUAUGUGAUGACGUAACUAAUAUUUGUAUUUUGUUUUUUUUGUUUAGGCUAUCAUUGAAUACGCGAUCUUCCAUCAGCGCUCGACGGAUAAUGUGACGUGUGUCGUGGUCAUGUUCAAAGAGUCCAAGGAUCUUAAGUGAAGAAAAAAAAGUUUGAGGACUGCGGACAUAGAUGAAUAGUAUAGGAAGUAGCGAAGACGUUUUGAGAAAGGGAAGGCAAGUAGCCCAAACCGUGGAUGAUGAAACACCAAAACAAUAAACUGAACAGCUUGAUGGAUGUUAGAUACUGAAGUACUGCCAAAAUAUGCAAAUAAUAAAAAAAAAGUUAGUCGGUGA